AUGACAGAAACUCAAAAGCUUCCAGUCUUCCAACCGCCGGGAUUUCUGGACUUCAAUCACAGACGACUACCCCCACCUAUCCAGCUCAAGCAGCUAGAAAUUCCACCCGACGCUGUACCACCACGGACGGACUACCUUUUUCGCUCACCCGUCGGUCACUUACCUUCCAUCCACUCAGGACCACAUCAACGGCACGAGCACCAGCAAGCACCUACAGCACACUACAGACCAGCAGCGCCUCUUGAGAAGCUAGUACAUAACACCAAUCCAUACACACCACCUCGGACGGAAGCGCCUUACUCGCCUCAGAAUUACCCACCAGUCUCUCCUCGUUCGCAAUAUGACAGCAGAGAACCGAGAAGGUUAACUGAGCAACGCUACUCGUCAUAUGACGAACCUCGGCAUACACACCACGCACCAUACGAGCAGCCAUAUUCGUCCCUUGCAUCUCCAGCCGAGCCUUCACAGCAGAGACAGUACGCCCCGCUCCCAUCACCUGGAUACACGCCGAGCUACGCCUCGAGUAGUACAUUCUGUGGAUCGGUGGGCUCCUAUUCGCAUUCGCAACGAGGAUCUGUAGCAGCUCCCUUGGGGUCGGUAGCGUACCCUGAACCAAACGCACCUGGCCCUCCUCCACGGAAAGAGGUUCGUGCGAUCCCAUUACCUGGAUCCAUACCACAGCCUGUGUACAACGAGCAACUAAACUUGUAUUUUGAGUUGCGUGUGCGACAACAGCCUGUUGCAGCAAGAGCAUGUGGGUUUGGUGAACGCGAUCGAAGAGUGAUAGACCCUCCACCGAUCAUCCAGCUGCUGGUCACGGACCCGAAGACUGGUAUAGCCGAACAGGAAGAGCUUCGGUACUCGCUCAACGUGGUGCAUUGCACGUUGUGGAAUGCGGACGGGACCAACGAGGAGACGGCGCUCAUACAACCGGAUCGCCGAACCACGCGCAGACUCAUGGGCCAGUUGGUAGCUUCACCCUCGGUUGCCAAGGAUGAACACGACAACGAAGGGUGCUUCUUCUGCUUCCCUGACUUGUCAUGUCGCACACAUGGCAGAUACCGUCUUCGGUUUGUGCUCAUGCGUAUCGACCCUAUGAACCUACACGUGGGUGGAUCUUCUCCAAUACUUACAGAAGUAAUGAGCGACGUCUUUACCGUGUACACAGCGAAGGACUUCCCUGGCAUGCGUCCUAGCAGUGCACUUACCAGGGCCUUGAAGCUACAAGGUUGCAACAUCCAGGUGAAGAAGGGUAACGAGAAGGCUUUGGCUCGCAAACGCCUUACUGCCAGCCAAGAGCACGAAGAAGACGAGGAGAUGAAGCGGCGACGCAGAAUGUGA